AUGGCCUUGACAGCGUCGAGAUAUAGGGCACGCAAGCAAAAGGUAUUCCGGUCCGUUUUCCAGACUGAUGUCUCAUCGCCCACGCCUCGCUCAACUCCCAUCGCUGCCUCCACGGAUCAAGGUGCCGCCUUUGGAGGUCCCCACGCGUCGUCAUCCAAACAUGCUCCCCCACCACCACCGCCUCUCUUUCAUGAGACUCUCCAUCAUGCCGAUGAUCAAGUAAGGUGGGACCGGGCAUGGCAUGUCGUUACUUCCAAGAUACAGUUGCCGACUUCAGUGGCUGUGGAAGACUCCUUUGGAACCUUACCGUCAGAGUCGCAGGAGGUCGAUUUGGAUGUUCGCGAUUCUAUCGCCCUGCUCCUCUAUCCUAGCCGCUCUCUGCCUGGUGCGACUCAGACGGAGGACAUCCUACUCUGGCAUACCCAUCAAGUACGCCAGCACUUUGUUCACCAUGUUAUGCCCCUGUUGGCUGCUUGUACCAGUCAGGGCGACCAGACACAAGUAUUGCUGUCAAGCAUCUCAACACUUGAGGCAGCUCAUAGACAGUAUCUCUGGGGAUUGACUCUCAUCGUGCAAGGUUACGACGACGAGGCUUCUUCAAAUGCAGCAUUUUCAAAAUUCCGUCGAGACCUACAUGCUAUCAUAGGCAACUCUCUUAACCAAGGCUUGACGGAUGCCCUGACCAGUGUCUUGCGUCGCCUUAUCCGACUCAAUCUUGGUAUAGGGAAACGUUAUGAUGGGUCUGCAUCAUUCUCAGAAUCGCAAGGGGACAGCUUAGCAGCUCGUCAAGAGUUAUUAGGUCUCUUAGAAUCUCUGAAGAAUGUUGGUCUAGUGGGAGAAAAGUUUCAAGUUCUUUUUGCAGAGAUCAUGGAUGCCAGCAUGAAAGACUUCAUUAAAAUAUCCUACUCGGGAGUCUGGAAAGUACCCGAACAGUCAGAGACGCAAUCUACUAGUGUCUCCUCUGGCUGUCUCGGUCAUCUUUCUGAAUGGGUUGAGAAUCAGUACGGGCGUCUUGCUGUUGAAUUUCUCAGCCGUCUGGAAACACAUAUCGCGUGGGGUGAUGUCGAAUGUUGGAAGGAUAUUGCCAUAGGACGUCUUGCAACACUUCGAAUUCACGAGCUCUUUGAUAUCUCUUUGAACUGGCCCGAAAGUAGAGGAGGACUGGAAGAUCUUCGUCUGGCUGUCACAACACCACAGCGACGUCUUCAACUAACGGAUACCUUCUCGAUGGCCCUGCAGAAACGCUUACUUCACCCUGGCAGGUCCACCUCGGAUAUCCUGCAAACAUACAUCUCCAUGAUCAGAACUUUUCAUGCCUUGGAUCAUUCCAAAGUCCUUCUUGAUCGGGUCGUUCACGCUCUGCAGUUGUAUCUCUGUCAAAGGGACGAUGCUAUUCGCAUUGUCGUUGGUGGUCUGCUCUCCAACCCCAGUGAGGCCGACACAGAAGAAGGCAAGGCAAACCUCGCGGAGCUAGCAGUACUGCUGAACGCGGCAUCUCAACAACAGCGACGCCAGGUUGAGGAUGAGGACCUCGAUUGGAACGAUAUGACUUGGGUUCCAGAUCCUGUGGACGCAGGUGUGAACUACAAGAGACCCAGAAACGAAGACGUUAUCGGUACUCUGAUUAGUGCACUUGGUUCUCAGGACAUCUUUAUUAAAGAGUUCCAGCUAAUCAUUGCUGAGCGAUUGCUUUCGAACCAGGCAACCUUCCAACAAGAGACUAAGGUAUUGAGCCUUCUUAAGAAGCGGUUCGGUGAGAGUGCUCUACAAAACUGCGAUGUCAUGAUGAAGGAUAUACAGGACUCGAAGAGAGUUGAUGCGGUUCUGUGCAAGACCAUCCGACAAACGUAUAACGAUCCUGGAGCAAUUGCGCACCACUCCAAGAUUCUAUCACGACUAUUCUGGCCUAGUCUACCCAAAGAUCCUUUCACAGUACCAGCGCCUGUUGCAGAAAUGCACAGCAGAUAUGAGCAGGGAUUCGAACGACUCAAAACGUCUCGAAAACUCAACUGGCUGGACCAGUUGGGCUCAGCAACUGUCAAGCUCGACUUCGAAGAUCGCUCAGUUGAGCUUGAAUGCAAGACAUACGAAGCUGCAGUCAUCUACGCGUUCCAGGAUGAGAACAAUGAAGGAGAAUCCGGUCCUACGCAACGAACUUUCAACGGAAUAUGGCAAGAACUCAUGAUUGACGAGGACCUUCUUGAGCUUGCUAUCAAAUUCUGGAUCUCCAAGCGAGUCAUUCGUGAUGUUGGCAAUCAAACCUACAUGGUAUUGGAGCAACUGGACAACGCAGAUGAGGCUGGAGAAGCAGGUGCUCCUGAUGACGGACAGGAUGAUGUUGGUGGCCAGCCAUCUCCGCGCAAACCCAAGAUCGACUCCAAGGAGCAGGAGCGGCGUACCGUCUACUGGCAGUUCAUCGUGGGCAUGUUAACAAACUCGGCGCCAACUAUGCCACUUGGUCAGAUGUUAAUGAUGAUGAAGAUGCUGAUUCCCGACGGCUGUUCAUGGACUAAUGAGGAGUUGCAGGAGUUUCUGGCAGAAAAGGUGGCGGAGAAUAAGUUGGAGCUAGCUGGCGGCAAGUAUCGUCUGCCCAAGAAAUGA